AUGGGCGGUCUCGACGCACGGCAUCUCAUCACCAACAUCCGCCCGACGGAGUACCAUCCCGUCUCGAUGACUUCCAUCUCCACGCCUCAUCGCGGCUCGCCCUUCAUGGACUGGUGCAACGCCAAUGUGGGCGUGGGCAACGAGAUCAUCGAGGAGGCCGUCAGAGAGGCCAAAGGCAAAAAGGCCGUGCCGGAGGAGGUGGAGAAGGAACUCGUCAAGGUGCCGUACACACUCAAAAGCCCCCUGUUCUACAUGCUCUCCGUGCUCGAUCAGCCGGCGUACGCCAUGCUCUCUACCAAGUACAUGGCUGCCGUCUUCAACCCCUCGACGCCGGACGUCGAGGGCGUCAAGUACUACUCCGUCGCUGCUCGCACGCGCAGACUGGCAGUCUGGCAUCCUCUGUGGCUGCCCAAGCUCAUCCUCGACGCGGCCGCCGAGAGCCGCAGUGCGGGCGGCGAGGCGGACGGCUCGGGCGAUGCGCUGGGCGGCGAACUGCAGGGCAACGACGGCCUCGUCAGCGUGCAGUCGGCAAAGUGGGGCACGUUUCUCGGCGUCGUCGAGGGCUGCGAUCAUUGGGACCUGCGAGGC